CAUUGGAAAUCGAAAUUAACGCCAGUGAAGUUUCUGUUAUGUCAAAGCGUUCAAUCAAUUGUCUAACAAAAUUGUACUAGAAAUAACAAAGAACCAAAAACUUUAGGGAAUAACAUUUUGCUAGGCACCUUACAGAUCCUUUCUUCUAAAGAUGUGCAUGAGAACGACACUCAUUUUAUUGGCCGCGAUAGCCAUUGCAGCAGUACCGUCUAAAAUGGAAACGUUAUCGGUUGAGGAUAUUUGUAAACAAAUGCCACCAAACAUCUUUAUCUUGCGUCCAAAUACUUGUGACAAUUGGAUUCAAUGUCCAUCCGCACCAAGUGCACACGACUACGACGAAGGCAUUUGUGCAUUUGGCUUAUAUUUUAACAAAGAGAAGAACCGCUGUGAAUCAUCAGAAGAUGUAACGUGUCCGUUCGAGAAUAUUGGAAACGUUAACCAUUGCUCUUCAAAGAAAGAUGGCACUUUCUUGCCAGAUUCCAAAAAUUGUAAUGGUUAUAUAUUCUGUAAAGAUGGCCAGGAAGCGUAUUCGAGUUGUCCCAAAGGUUUGGUCUUCCAUCCCAAAAAAAGUUCUUGUGUUUAUUCAAGCGAAUAUCAAUGCCCUAAAAAAACUGAGAAUUUAAUUGCAAGCCCAAUUUGUAAUUCUGUACCUCAUGGAACGGUAUUCGCCGACAUUACGGAUUGUACGAAAUAUCAACAAUGUGCAGAAGAUGGCAAACUAAAAUCGUUGCAGUGUUCAGAAGGCCAAGCAUUUAAUUAUUCGACAUUGAAUUGCAUAGCCAGAAAGCAGACAGUUUGCCAUCCUUUAGCACCUGAACUGGAACCAGAAAUCGAAAUUUGCGGAACGGAAGGCUCUGCACGAGAGGGCUAUAUUGCUGACGAUCAAUCAUGUAGAGGAUAUUAUAUAUGUGCCAAACAAAAGGAUGGAAAACCAGAUCGAAAGCCUACUCAUUUGAAAUGUCAACAGGGAUACUUUUUCGACAACGCAACUUGGUCUUGCCGUGAUCGUCUUAAUGUCAAAUGCUCUUUAGACCGUUGCGAAGGAAUGGAUAACAAGUAUGUCAAUGUGGCUGGGGACUGCAGUGCAUAUGCCCGCUGCAAAAAUGGCGUAACAAUCGCAAGUGGUAAAUGUGACACAAAUCACUUCUUCGAUGAACGCACCCAAGGCUGCACUCCACAAAAUAUCAGCUAUAUAGCUUGUUCGGCCUAAAAGUGACAACAUAAAUGCCCUUUCUUGAUACAACAAGUCAUUAUGUUUUUGUAUUAGCAAAUAUACCAAAAAAUGGUUAGAAAACAUUAUAAUGUUCUAUUUUAGUUGAAUGA